AUGGCGGCCCCGAGCACCACGCCCCCGGCUCGCGCGCCCUCGCAGGAGCAGCGCCCAGCACCCGAUGACCCCAGCGACGCCCCUGACCGCGUCGCAUGGCUCCAGACGCACCUCGCCCGCGUGCACGCCCCCGCCAAGGCAGAGCCGCGCGGCCCCUGGUCCCGCCGCCUCGCCGACGCGGGCGUCGGGCCCAUCGAGCCGCUUCUGACCGAGCUCACACGCUUGCAUGCGGCCCUCGAGCAGCGCCGCGCCGACGUGGCCGCCGAGACGACCUUCCACAUGCAGCAGGCCACGCACGUCGUGCCCCGCGCCGUCGCCGAGGUCGAGCGCGCCUCAGCGGCCACGACGCGCCUGCGCGACGAAAUGCACACGGCGCAGCGCUCGUACCAGGACGUGUGUGAGCCGACGGCGCCGGACCGUGCGGCGUCCGCAGCAGCGCUCGCGCAAGUCCACCGCCUCGCCCGCGCCAAGCAGCACAUGCAGGUGGCCCGCGAUAUGCUGCAGGCCGUCGAUGCAUGGUCGCUUGUCCGCAGCGACGUAUCCGCGUUCCUGGCGGACGGGCAGUACACCCACGCUGCCGCGCGCCUCCGCGACGUCGAGGCGAGUCUCGCGCCCUUCGACGCCGCAAGCGCGUAUGUCGAGCGCCAGCGCCGCGUGCACGCCGAGCUGGUGCACGACCUCGUCAAUGCCGUGACACCCCCGCUCGUGCGUGCCGUGCGCGACGCGCUCGUCGACGAGAUCCUCGCGUACGCGGACGUCCUCGCGUGUGUCGGCCAGGGCCCCGUCUUCGAUACACUGUACACGGCUACACGCUCCGAGGCCGUACAAGCGGCGUGGCACGACGCCCAGCCUGCCUCCGUGCCCGAGGCUGUUGACGUGCUCGGCCGCGCGCUUGUGCGCCUCGUGCAGCAGGAGGCCACGGACUUUGCGCCGGCCGUGUGGGGCCACAGCGCGCAUGCCGCGCUCGUUCUCACCGCGACGCUCGCGAACUUGCGCCCGACGCUCGCGGCCUACCUGCAGGCCCGGCAGGCACCGCUGCCCGAGCUGGUGCAGGCCUUCACGCGCCUAGACACCCAUGCACAGACGCUGCAGGCGCUCCUGACACCCCGCGGCCCGCCGGCCCCGCCGCCCCGCCGGCCGACGAGCCUCUCCGCCGAGUGGCGCCCAUGGCUCCACGACGCGUUCGUGCCGUUCCAGCAGACAUACCGGGCCCUGGAAACGGCGUUCCUCACCGACGCAUGGCGCGCCACCGAGGCCGCCUUCGAGUCGCGCCUCGGGCGCAUCUGGGUCACGUCGCUGGGCCAGGACGCUGCAGCCGCGUGGACCUUGUGCGUCGCAGGCGUCGCGCGCCUGCUCCAUGAGCAGGUGGCGCAGUGUGCGGAGAUGCGUGACGCCGCGUUCGAGCGCGUGGCCGUCUUUACGGGCGGCGCAGGCGCCGCUGAUGUGCGUGCAGCGCUUGCCUCGGCGCUGUACGAGCCGUGCGUGCAGCGCCUAUGUACCACCAUGGACGCGGUCCGCGCGCGUUUCCAGCAGCACAUGCGCGCGUCGGCACCGCCCGCCGCGCGUGUGCUGCAGGGCGACGACCACAUGGACGCCGUGCACGACUGGGACCUCGUGCGUGCGGGCGUGCAGCUGCUCGCUGUGGCGCGCGCUGCGCACGAGUUGGCGCAGGCGCCUGUGGACCAUGCGUGGCGAUGGCCUGCGCCGGCGCUGCUGGACGGUGCGGCGAGUGUGCCGUCCCGAUCGGAGGCGCCGGAUGCGCCGAUGGAGCGCGUGACGCUCGCGGCGCACCGGCUCGUGCUGGAGCUGAUUCUCGCGGCGUUCCGGCGGCACCUCGAGGCGUACCGUGAGCAUGGCGCGUGGCGGCGCACGGCGCCUGCGCCGGCGGCGCCCAGCGCGGCCGACGCGCGUGUGCCGGUCCCCUCUUUCAGUCGGAGCCCCACGGAAGGCAUGGUGCGUCUGGGCGAGGGCCUGUUGAACCUGCCGCGCCUGCUCGAGUCGCUCGUCGAGCGCGAGCUGCCGCAGUUUGCAUUCCAGGCGGACCUCUUGCCCUUCGCGCACGAGGACGAGGCGGGCCCGCGGCCUGUGCGGCGCGAGGCGCGCGCGCUCUCGGCGCAGCUGCUCACGCAGACGGACGACGCGGCGUCGGCGGCGUCGGCCACCGACCACGUUCUCUCGCUGUGGCUGCGCUGGCAGCGGAUGUGGACUAUCUCAGCACGAUGGCCAGUGCACUGA